UGCGGAUGAGUGACUGAGCGCCUCCAGCUAGAUGAGUACAUUACAACUAAUGAGGUCAGCAUCAAAUGUCGAAGGCUUACAGAGCUAUGGAUUUUCGGGACUUAUUUGCCGCCACAGUGAUACUCUCACCUCCAGUUCAUACGUUUAGAGACAUAUUAAUAAAGAAAUAAUAAGAAACUUUGGAACCUUGACACCAAGCCCCAAGUGUGAAAUCUUUGUCUUUGGUUUUCAAUUUGCUUCUAAGCGAGGGAGUUUCGAUAUUUUCUAGGUUACUUCGAUACUGGUUAACAGCUGCAAAUGACAAAUUGAAUGCUGUGUAGUUUAAAGUUAUGCAGAAUGCUCACUUCAUAGUUAGUCGUGCCACGUUUCGACGCUGCUUUAACUUGUCUACCAAACAUUUAUUUACUACGCCUUACUCUGUCAAUAAAAUCUGGAUAUCACGUCAAACUCGCAUUGAUUUAUUCGACAGAAAUCUCAGCUCUUUAGGUCCUAAGAGUAGUACCGAUUCUCCAGGUGAGAAGAUAAAUGCUAAAGUGGUUCCAAAGAUUAAAACAAGCUUUUCUUACGAUGAUUCUGUCAAGUCUGUGAAAUAUAUCACACCACUUAGAGCAUUACGAGAAUAUAUGCUGACAAAGCAGGAUUUAGACCAGUUACCACGGUAUUACAGUCGAAGUCCGUAUGGCAAUGAAACUAAAACACUUGUUUUCCUCCGAUCAGAUGUAGAGCAAAUGGCUUACUCAAAGCACGGAAGCUAUGAUGAUUUUGAGUUACGGCGGAAACUCAUGAAGGAUAUGGAGCGAAGAACCAAAACAGAAUUCUUUAAUUUAAGAAAGGCCUUAAAAUACCUUCAGAGCUCAGUAGAAACCAAGGCGACUGGGACUUCGGUUUUUAUGGAUAAACGGAAAAGUUUGUUUACGUCGGGUCCUGGUCGUGUUGUUCUUUUCGCAAUAGCAAUAAAUGGUCUCAACGUCGCAGCAAAAGCCUUCGGUUGGUGGUAUACUGGUUCUAAAAGCAUGUUUUCUGAGAUGAUGCAUUCGCUUGCGGAUACGAUGAAUCAGGUUCUCGUUGCUUAUGGUCUAUAUUCAUCACUUCAGAAACCAGAUGAAACGCACCCGUACGGUUAUAUUCCAAUGCGUAAUGUAUCCUCGUUGAUAAGUGGUGUUGCUAUUUUUUUCUUGGGAGCUGGUCUUACAUUUUAUCAUAGUGUCCAGGGUAUUUUGGAACCACACGAAUUUGAAUCUGUUAAUCUGGCUUUAAUGGUCAUGCUAGGUUCGCUUUUAUCCGAAGGGAGCACCUUGGCUUUGGCUUAUCGUGAAGCUAAAAGAAGUUCAAAACGUCAAAACUUCUAUUCUGUUAGACAUUGGUUGUUUUCCGGAGUUGAUCCAAGUACUAGUAUGGUUUUAUUAGAAGAUUUGGCUGCAGUCAUUGGUGUUGUUGUGGCAGGGUCCGCUAUGGCCGUAACUGCUUUCACUGGACAUGUCUUACCUGAUGCAAUUGGAGGGAUUUGUGUUAGUGCAAUUCUCGCUGCAGUGGCUGGUCUGAUCAUACAUACGAAUACUGAAAUGUUAAUAGGAAGAGCUAUUCCAGUUGAAAAUCAAGAAGCAAUUAUGCGUGUGAUGGACAACAUAAAAAUUAUUCGCGGAACAUACGAUAUAAAAACAACUAUGAUCGGUGGUGAAGAAAUACGAUUCAAAGCAGAAGUUGAUAUUGAUGGUCGAGAACUUACUAAACGUUACCUAGAAACCUUAUCAUUAGAUGAUCUUCUUCAGGAGGUGAAAAAUGUCAAAACUGAACAACAACUGGCUCAUUUUAUGUUGAAACAUGGUGAUAAUUUAGUGAAUACACUAGGCGCAGAAAUUAAUAAAAUUGAAGAAAAAAUUAAGGUAAUCCAGUUUUCUAUAAUUAUCACUAAUUUUGAAGCAACCUUCGUCACUGACUGACGUCAGAUAGGGAACCGUUACAGACCAUAAUGGGCUAUAUCUGUUAGGUUUGUUACUCACCACAAAGAAGCCCAUCCACAAUCCAGUAUCUAGAAUUGGAUCGUCGAUAUGAAGCAUGUACGUGUGAAAGUUACAAACUAAUGAAGACAAGUGGUCUUUGCUUUGUAUUACAAAUUGUAUGAGGUUACUGUGAAGACCAUACAGGGAGAUACGCCAACGAAUUUAACACACCCAAGAGCAAACAUAAAAAAGCGUAGUUUAUAAAUAAUUAGCAGCUCCUUUUGGAGUGAUUCAUUUAGAUCUUGAGUGCAGUUCCUAAUGACAAUAUUUCAAGAUAUUCAACUGAUAAGUCAUGAAUUGCAGUAAAAAUAUGGUUUUAUAACUUAAUGAAAUUAAUAUCAUUAAAGAAUUGACUGACGAGAUAUAAAUGUUGUUCACAUCUGUAAAUUUCCACAACCAUUUUUUAAUCGAAAUUUGUGAAUUCAAAUCAUCUCUGAGCGUAAACAGACCGGUAUCUAUCUGUUUCCAUCCUCUACGAUCAGAUAUGUCCUGGUACCUCUUUGUACUUCCUGGUUGAUUGUGUUGCUAAAUCACUAAAGUUAGUUACUGUACUUUUACUUCAUUUUGGCUAUUUUUGUUUUUGAGCAAUAACGAAUUUUCAGGUACUUGAUUGUAGGACAUCAAUGAUCUGACGAGUUUAUAUCACUACUUCAACAUUCGUUCGUUUAAAGAUCUUCCACAACAGAACUGUGGGCGUCCCAUGAAAUAUAUUGAAAAUCUGGUUGUCUUUAAAAUAAUUUGCUGAUAUUUUUUCCCUAUGGUGACUUCAUUAAGCUAUCAAAUCCAAGCUGCAGUGUCUUUGAGUGUCGUAAAAGCUAGUCCUUCCAGCUGACAGAUGAAAAGUACAGACCAGUAUAUGCUUACUUUUAAUAGGUUAAAUAGUAUGCGUCUGACUUCAAAUCCAUCAAAUAUCAUGACUGAUUCCGAAUGCUUGAUUUUGUUACCAUUUUCGGGAGUGUAUCCAAAUGCAGUACAAUAAAGUUGUUCAUAAUUGUAAAAUAAUUGUAUUUUCGUGUUUAUCCCAACUUAGCAAGAGACGUAAACUACAGCAAUGAGAAAGUCUUCAAUAGCAUUAUAAGGCAUGUAACUUUUGCUUUUCAAAUUCAUCAAUUGGAAGUAUUAUAUUUUGGACCGGUCACAUAUAUCGUGGCCAAAUUUUGUGGUCAAAGUCAUCUUUCUAUAUAGAAUAUGAAAAGAAAAACAAAAGUGACUGAUUGUUUAAAAGAUACCUAGAAUGAUAGACCCAGAAGCGCGUACGCUGUUGCAACUCAGUAGUUGUAGAUGUUUUAAAAUAAUUGACAAUUUAAGACAAAAAAUAUCUACAAAGUGGCCAGUUAUUUACGCAUUCAUAAGUAAACUCUUUUUUUCAUAAGGCUGUCACUAUGCACUUGUUUUUUAUUUAAACCACGUUUAGAAAGUCAAUCGAAUUUAACUAAUAGACGGCAAACGUCUACUAAUCUACUGUUUGUAUUCCAUUUUUUUAGAAGGAAUUCCCUAAUGUAACUCAUAUCGACAUUGAGAUUAACUAAACACUGGAUUUUCGAUUUAUUAUCACCAUUCAUUUUGCGGACUACCCUUACCGUAUAUUUCUGGCUUUUCUGUGAUUUGAAAUCCAUAUCCCAUUAUGUAUAGUAAUCUGAAAAUACAUGUACACAAAAACAGACUCAGCAAAGUUUUCUACGACGCUUUAAAUUUUUUUCUGAAAAGUAUGUUUAGUAUACAUGCAGUCUGUAUUGCCUCGGUGCUAUCAGCACAAAACCUUUCGUGAUAACGAUAACAGUACGUACAAUGUUCG